ACCUUAUUUAUGUUAGAUUUUGACAUUUUAUUAACAAGGUCAUAUUUCAGCGCAACACGCGUUUAAAUGUCAUCGAAAAUUCUAGUCUAGCUGUUUGAAAUCACAUAAGUUUACGUAUUUUUUUACCAAUUGUGAAAAUGUCAGCUGGAUUGAUAGUAACAGGCCUAGGCUUGGCUGCAGUGGGCUUUGCGGGCAGGUACAUUGUGCGACAAAUGCCGCAAGUUACAAGAACAGUAAAUGAAGCAAUAAAGAAUCUUCCAAAGUUUGAUGCUGAUUCGGUCGCCAACUCAAAAUACUACAAGGGUGGAUUUGAUGCCAAAAUGAAUAGGAGGGAAGCUGCUUUAAUAUUAGGAAUCAGCCCAUCAGCAAACAAAACAAAAGUAAAAGAUGCCUUCAAAAAAGUAAUGGCUGUGAAUCACCCCGACAGAGGAGGCUCACCAUACCUAGCAUCAAAGAUAAAUGAAGCCAAGGAUUUCAUGGAGAAACACUCCAACUGAACACACAAGCAAAUUUAUUGGUAAUAAAUAUCGUAGUAAUGUGAUACCUAAAUAAUUAUUAAAAACAUUGUAUAAAAGAGAGACUAGAUUACACUUGCAACUUUAAAA